AUGUCCGCCGCCAACCGCGGGCCUCCCCCUUCCAACGGGCGCAAACGUGGUAGAGAUGCUGAGGAUGACCUUCCCUCUUCCGCCGCCGCGCCGCCGUCAAGUCCCCCUGCCUCGUCCCCUCCUGUCUUUCCUCAGGGCGACGACAUCGACGAAGAAGACGACUUGCUUGACCCCGAAGAUGAUCUCAUCCACGACCUGGACGAUGCAGACGAGAUGGCAGAAGACGAUGCGGGCAUCGACCUCUUCGGCGACAACUACGACCGCGACUACGACAGAAACGAAGACCGCGGCUAUCGGGGGCGCAUGAUUGACGAUGAGGAGGAGUACGAGGGCAUGGAUCUAGCGGCCAGACGCGAACUUGAGGCUCGACUGAACCGCAGAGAUCGAGAGCUGGCUCAACAGCGCAAUCUUCCUGCUGCGUUCUUGCAGGAUGGGGAGGAAGACAUCAUGGAUCUAACGCGCCAGCCGCGGAGAAGGAGGCACAGAUAUGAUGAGGAUCAGGAAGAUAUGGACAUGCACGACGACAUCAUGAACGAGGAGCUCUCGUUGGAAGCACUGGCGGAUGUCAAGGCAUCUUCACUCACCGACUGGGUCGCCAAUCCUGCCGUUCACAAGACGAUUGCGCGUGAGUUCAAGGCUUUCCUGACAGAAUACACCGACGCUACAGGCACUUCGGUCUACGGUGUCCGCAUCAGGACACUCGGAGAAGUCAACGCAGAGUCACUGGAAGUCUGCUGGGAUCAUCUAUCGGAAUCGAAGCCAACGUUGGCCUACUUCUUGGUCAACGUCCCAAACGAGGUUCUGCCAAUCUUCGAUGCUGUGGCCCUUGAAGUUGCCCUCUACCACUACCCCGACUACGAGCGCAUUCACUCCGAGCUGCACGUCCGCAUCACAGAUCUACCGGUCUCAUACACCCUCCGACAACUCCGCCAAAGCCACCUCAACUGCCUUCUCCGCGUGAGCGGCGUGGUCACCCGGCGGACAGGAGUCUUCCCGCAGCUGAAAUAUGUCAAAUUCGACUGCACCAAGUGCGGCAUCACUCUUGGACCCUUCCCGCAGGACAGCAACGCAGAGGUCAAGCUGUCUUUCUGUCAAAACUGCCAAUCGCGAGGUCCCUUCACUCUCAACAGCGAGAAGACAGUCUACCGCAACUACCAAAAGCUCACACUCCAAGAAUCGCCUGGCACAGUCCCCGCUGGCCGUCUGCCACGUCACCGCGAAGUCAUCCUUCUCUGGGACCUCAUCGACUCUGCAAAGCCUGGUGAGGAGGUCGAGAUCACCGGCGUCUACCGCAACAACUACGACGCUCAGCUGAACAACAAGAACGGCUUUCCUGUUUUCGCCACCAUCCUGGAAGCCAACCAUGUCGUCAAGUCGCACGACCAACUCGCCGGGUUCCGUCUGACUGAGGAAGACGAGCGAGAAAUCCGGGCACUCAGUCGCGACCCAAAAAUCGUGGACAAGCUCAUCAACUCAAUCGCUCCUUCCAUCUACGGCCAUACCGACAUCAAGACUGCUGUUGCGCUCUCCCUCUUUGGUGGCGUUUCGAAGCAAGCUCAGGGCAUGCAUUCUAUUCGUGGCGACAUUAACAUUCUCCUCCUGGGUGACCCUGGUACCGCCAAGUCCCAGGUCCUGAAGUACAUCGAGAACACCGCCCACCGCGCCGUCUUCGCCACCGGUCAAGGUGCUUCUGCCGUUGGUCUCACUGCAAGCGUCCGCCGAGACCCUCUCACCGCCGAAUGGACGCUCGAAGGUGGCGCCUUAGUCCUAGCAGACCGUGGCGUCUGUCUCAUCGACGAGUUCGACAAGAUGAACGACCAAGACCGCACAUCCAUCCACGAAGCGAUGGAACAGCAAACCAUCUCCAUCAGCAAAGCCGGUAUCGUCACCACCCUGCAAGCCCGUUGCGCCGUCAUCGCCGCCGCCAACCCCAUCGGAGGCCGUUACAACGGCACCGUACCCUUCAGCCAGAACGUCGAGCUCACAGAACCCAUCCUCUCGCGUUUCGACAUCCUGGUCGUUGUCCGCGACACCGUCGACCCGGCCGAAGACGAACGUCUCGCUUCUUUCGUCGUCAACUCCCACGGCCGUGCGCAUCCGGUCACCAACUCAGCCAAAGGCGACGACAACGGCGGCGCUCCAGCCAACGCGAGCGGGAGCAUGGAUAUCGAUGGCCAACCCUCCGCAGGCCCCAGCAGCGAGAUCCCACAGGAGCUGCUGCGCAAGUACAUCCUCUACGCCCGCGAGCACUGUCGGCCGAAAUUGUACCAGAUCGACCAGGACAAGAUCGCCCGCCUCUUCGCCGAUAUGCGCCGGGAGAGCCUCGUCACGGGCGCUUAUCCCAUUACUGUCCGUCACUUAGAAUCCAUCCUCCGCAUCGCCGAAUCCUUCGCCAAAAUGCGGCUCUCCGAAUACUGCAACGCCACGGACAUCGACCGCGCUAUCGCUGUCGCGGUGGAGAGUUUUGUCGGAAGUCAGAAGGUCUCGUGCAAGAAGGCGCUGGCGAGGGCUUUUGCGAAGUAUACGCUCCGAAGACCCGGGGCUGUGCCGAGGGGAAGGGGAGAUGGGGAGGGUGGGAGGGGGGUUAGGGUGGGUGCUUAG